AUGGUGGACCAAACUCCUCCUCGUAUCAUUCAGCUUGAUGAGUCUGUUAUCAAUAGAAUUGCUGCAGGUGAGAUCAUCAUACAUCCAGCAAACGCAUUAAAAGAAUUGCUAGAGAAUGCGAUUGAUGCUAAGUCUACGAUGAUUGACGUUUUGGUCAAGGACGGAGGGUUGAAGUUGCUCCAGAUAACAGACAAUGGUAGUGGCAUUGAUAGGGAAGAUUUGGGUUUGCUCUGCGAGAGAUUUGCGACUUCGAAGCUAUCUACGUUUGAAGACUUAUCUUCAAUUGCAACCUACGGGUUUAGAGGUGAGGCGUUGGCAAGUAUCUCGCAUAUUGCACGGUUGUCGGUAGUAACGAAGACAAAGGACUCUUCCGUAGCAUACAAAGCGUAUUAUUCCAAUGGUAAAUUGGCAGAUUCUAACUUUAAAAUCUCUGCUGGAGAGGCUAGUCCUAAGCCAAUUGCUGGCAAAAAUGGUACCACCAUUACUGUAGAAGAUCUAUUUUACAAUGCUCCUGCAAGACUUAAGGCUACCAAAUCGAAAAAUGAUGAGUUUAUUAAGAUAUUGGACGUGAUAGGUAGAUAUGCUGUGCAUUCGGAGGUUGGGAUCAGCUGUAAGAAGUUCGGAGACUCGCAUCAAGCACUAAUAACAAGACCAAACCUUACGCUAAAGGAAAGGAUAAGAAUUGUAUUUGGUAGUUCCGUGGCAAAUGAGAUUAUAGAUUUUAAAAUGGAAAUUAGUGAAGAGGCAAGGGAUCUAGGACUCUAUGAUUGCUUUGGAGCGAUUACUACUUCCAAUUAUGUGAAUAAGAAGAAAAUACAACCUGUUCUCUUCAUCAAUGGGAGACUUGUUCAAUGCGACCCAUUGAAAAGGUCAAUAAUGUCAAUUUAUGCAUACUUUUUGCCUAAGGGAAACCAGCCGUUCGUUUACGUUAGCUUACAGAUAAACCCUCAAAAUGUAGAUGUGAAUGUUCAUCCGACUAAGAAGGAAGUCCGGUUUCUUAACGAGGAUGAAAUUAUCGACAUAGUGAGUGCUAAAGUGCAUUCUUUGCUAUCAAAAAUAGAUACCUCAAGGACAUUUAAGACGCAAAGCGUGCUUACAAGGGAAAAGAGGAGCACCACCGGAGUUUCAAUUGGAGCAGAGACUUUAGCCAUUGAAGAUAUAGAAAAGGCUCCCUUGAAAAAGUAUAGGCAAGAGAAUAAGUUAGUUCGUACGGAUGCAAAGCAAUUUAAAUUACAUUCCUUCAUGAAUAAAAAUACAAGCAAUAAUGAUACUACCGACUCAAAUGAGCGAGUGGAUGUCCAGCUUUCAAGUAUUGUUCAACUAAGACAAGAAUUGGUCAACUCAAAUCAUAAAGGGUUGACUGAGAUCUUCAAUGGCAGCACUUACGUGGGUAUCAUUGAUGAAAUGCGUAGACUUUGCAGCUUUCAGUUUGGAGUGAAAUUGUUUAUUUGUGAUUAUGCUGCAACGUUGAAUGAGUUUUACUAUCAGCUUGCUUUGAGCGAGUUCUGCAACUAUGGAGAGUUUAUCAUCCUGGAACUGAUAUCAGUCAGAGAGAUCUUACAGAAUUUAUAUACCUCCGACUGUUCACCGUCUGUUGAUUUAGAAGAUGUAGUGGAAAGAAUCUUUGCAAUGAAGGAUAUGUAUGAAGAGUAUUUUAAGAUCAAGUUUGAUCAGGACAACAAUUUAAUAUCGCUUCCCAUGAUAUUGAAGAAUAUCGAGCCUGUGGUACAUAAAUUGCCAUAUUUCUUUUACAGGUUAGGGGCUAACAUCAACUAUGAAGAUGAGAGAGAAUGCUUACAGGGUAUUAUGAAGGAAAUAGCAUUACUUUAUAUUCCGGAACCGAUUGCUAAUGAACCUGGGAGCACAGAUGAGGAGAAAGCGUUGAAUGACGCUAAGAGGGAUGUGCUUGAUCAAGAGCUAGAAAAUCGAGUGUUUCCACUGUUGCAACAAAAGUUCAUAGCUACCAGCGACUUGUUGGAAGAUGUAAUGGAAAUUGCAGACUUACCGGGGUUGUACAAGGUAUUUGAAAGAUGUUGA